AUGGGCCUGAUCCUGGUGUUCUACAUCAUCAUCACCACCAUCCUGGGCCACGCAUCACCACUGGAUAUCUUCAACUUCGACCUCCCUCAGGACCUCACCACCACCACCACCACCACCACGCACGGCAACACCACCACUCUCAACACCACCACCAACACCAUUCUCGCCAACCACCCCGCCUAUGGAACUAUCCUAGAAUCUGACUCAAGGAUAGUAGAGGUAGUACAUGGUGGUGAUGGUGGUGGUGGGAGGGGGAGGGGGGGACAGAAGGGAGGCCUGGGGAGGGGAGGCAGCCGCCCCCGUUCACCCCCGCAGCCCCACCAUAACCUCCCCCCUGGCAUCAUAUUAGGAAACCAGGACCAUAUACUCGGGCCCAACCCUUUCCAUAAUGGCGGUGGUGGUGGUGGUGGUGGGGAGUAUGGUGGUGGUGGGGAGUAUGGUGGUGGUGGGGAGUAUGGUGGUGGUGGUGUCAAGGAUAGUGACCAUGACAGUACCUACCAUGAGUACCCGAGUUAUGACUAUGAGGAGAAUGGUGAUGAUGAUAAUAACAAUGACCAAUACAACAACAACAACAAUGUCAACUACCACAACGACGAGGGAAUUAUCACCUACAGCACCAUCUUCGAAAACCACAACAACAACAAAAACCACAACCACAACAACCACAACAACAACAACAAUCAUCAUACUAACCAUAAUCAUAAUGUUGAAGUGAAGAAGACCACGCCAUUUAAUAUCAUGUUGGAUGUGUACCCAAUGGACGCCUCCUCCUCCUCCUCCUCCUCCUCGCCCUUCCUCACCAGCCUGUCCCUCCCUGGUGGCGGGCGCGAGGACCCCGACCUUAACAAACACGAGGUCAUCCUGCACCUCAACCUGUACUCCAAGAUGCCGGCCUACAGGAGCGGCAGCCUGCCCCUGCAACACGCUGGCGGCCUGCCCCUUCAGACCAGCGGCAAGGGCGUGUCCGUGCAGCUGCCCCUGAUUGGCGGCCUCAGCCCCCUGGACGUGUACAGGGCCAUCGUGGGAAGGGCUCGGGCUGAAGGACUGCGGAGGAUGGACACGGGGGAAGAGGAAGAAGAAAGAAGAGGAGAGGAAUGGAAGAGAGGAAGAGGAGGAGGAGGAGGAGGAGGAGGAGAAAUCAAACCAAUCUCCCUACAAUUGCGGAACAAGCCAGACCACCAUCACCACUCCUCCUCCUCCUCCUCCUCCUCUUCCUCUUCCUCCUCCUCCUUCAGGGACGAGGUGGAGACGGAGCUGUUCGAUAUAGAAGAGGGACCCCAGUUACUCGAGGCGAUAGAAAACGGGCUUCGGGAACUCAACCCUCACCUCCUGCCUCACCUGCGCUUCUCUUUCAACGAGGGACUCAACCAUUCGGAACAGCUGAGCGGACUGGUGGCGGGCCGCGGAAAGUGACCAGUGCCUUUGUUUUCUCUAUAUUCAAGACUCGUAUUCCUAAAUGUAUCGGAGCCUCUGUACGCCUGAUUGAAAAGCCUCCGUAUAAGUUGCUAGGAAUUUCAUGGACUGUUUUGUGAUACUGGUGGUAUAGUUUUACCCAAAGUCUAUAUAUACCAAUUACGUCAAGUCACUCUGCCUUCAAAACUGCGACCAACACGCGCAGGGGGCGGUUUGGGGCGGAGCAGCGGGAUGACGUCACUUGAUACCAAAUACCCGCCAGUUCACGAGUGACUUAAGUUGCGGCCGUGUGUGCACUUUGGAUGUGGAUUCUCGCCUUCUUUCACCGCGCAUUCAGGCAAGCCACUAACGAAAAAAAUAUGCCUUUUUUAUUGUGCUAUUGCGUGACUAAUUCCAUUGCCUACAAACGGCGGUGUGGGGUGUGAGAGGGGUCAUGUUGAAGUGAUUGAUUUAAAUUAGUCCGCCUUUCUUCGUUUUCUCUAAAUCCCUGUUUCUACAUUCUCUAGUUUGGCUCCAAGCAACGUCACGCAUAAACCACGCCUCGGCCGUGUCUCCUUCCACAAACCUGCGUAUGACUUGACUUGGUAUAUAUAGACUUUGGUUUUACCCUUCUGUAUCUUGAACGGGAAACGUCACCCAUGGAAUCCUGGUUAAUCUUCUCUGUGGUCUUGGGAAGUAGUCGCAGUGUAGGCCCGAGACGUCUGAAAAUGUGAGCCCAACAAAAUUCUGGCCCCUAUUCUCAGAACCUUCCGCCUCUCACAUCGACUAUUUCCAUAUUUUCACGUACGUCCACGGUGCAGGCGACUUGUCAGACUACCACCAGGAUCAUAAAACUAUUCAUGGAAAUGCCUGCAGCUCCUACGAAGGCCUUGUCAAAUGUGUGUGCUUGUGCUCCGAAGUGUUGAAGAAUAUUUUUCUGUGUACGACACUUUUAUGAAGAGUGUGCAUGGGGACAGGUUGUGCUGGGCUGUGAAAACCACAGCAAACGACCCGAGACAUUCAGGACAUUGGGCACACUCACCAAAAUAUAUUCGAAUUAAGACCUCCGUACAGCUGUUUGCACCGAGGUAGGGGAGUAAUAACAGGCCGUGCAGAACGUUCUUUUUUCUCUCAGUGGACACGCUGCCCCACCAGUGGAAGGCGUGUCCUUCCUUCACAGAGAAGCACUUGCUGUACAGAAGACGACACGGGAAGUAAGCUGUGCUCCUUGACCGGCGAAUGUCAUCACGGCCAGAUCACUGAAAUAAGCUCUAUGCCGGGGCCUGGCUCCUGUCCUGCUGCCGGGUUGAUGCGCAUGCUGCCGAGCUGGCGGCCGCGGCACAGCUCUUCCUCCUCCACCUGUGUGUGGCAUGAGAGACAAGACGAGAAUCCCUGCCACAGCAAACUACAUUUUCCGACAGGUCCACUGACGAAACCUGCUAAAUGAAAAUGAGCUUUCUUGUAAAUGUAAAAAAAAAAAAAAAUAUUAGCUGAACUUAUCACUGCAAGGCUCAGACGUCAACACUGAAGCUCCACGACAAAAUUGAAUCUUUUCUAAAGAGAAAACCCUUUUGGGAAUUUUUACAUUUCUUGGCAGUUUUUUGACACUUGCAACAACAGUCAGAACUCGGUUCAAGAUCACACAAAUGAGGCUGUCCAGGACACUGGACGGGUGUCUGAAGCCAGGCGCAGGCUGGCUGCACAUGUCCAGCUGCUUUUUUAACGAAAUGUCUAAGAUUUGUUUGUGUAGUGGAACGCACAGCCAGCCAGCUAAGGCUGCCACAUUAUAGGCACUUGCCCUCUCCUCUCCUAGUGGAAGUGCUGCCCGCCUUCCAGCACGGCCUGGCUCCUCGAAACACCCAGCAAGUCACGGCUGGGUGGUUGUCUUCGGAACGCCAUGCUUGUGUGCUGCUUGGCUCUGACUCGCCCCCUCCUCUGAUGCCUGGAGAGCAUCCUCAAGGCCUUCAGUGCUGUGUUGGAGCCUCAUUCCAGGCUGCCUGACUUACAGACCAGCCCGCAACACACGAGGCGAAAUACUAUCCUCCAGACCAGUGUCCCGGGCACUGGUCUGAAUUACUCAACAAUACAUCAUCGGCUGUUUGCCUUAUUUGUGAGUCAAGCAGCCGCGCGUCACAACUCAAGCCUACCUCCCUUCAGGGGCUCUCCAGUCCUGAAAGAGAUACACUCCACCGAAGUUAGGUUGUCUGCCUGGACCCAUAACAUUCGGGGCGAGGCUCGGUGAAAAUUUACCAGGAACAAUGAUUUUUUUCUCAUAACGAACAUUGUCACUGACCUUAAUUACCACGGCAAAGGGAAGAGUAGAGUUUCUGCUGUCCUUUUAUAAAAAAAUAAAAUAAACGUAAAUAAAUAAAUACUCACAUAGAAAACGAAAAUCAUAAAUAAAAAUAAUCAUUGGCUGGUCUAAAUCGCCCCACGACGGUGUUAUCAUUAUUAUUAUUAUCAUUAUUAUUAUUAUUAUUAUUAUUAUUAUUAUUAUUAUUAUUAUUAUUACUCGCAUUAGUGUUAUGUUCCUAUCGUGUCUCAUGUCACUUUUAUUUAUUUCUUUAUUUAUCUGUUUUUGUUUGUCUCUGUAAGGUUGUGCUUGUAAUUAUAUGUUUGUUCGUUUGUGUGUUUCCCCGUCCACGUGACCUGUUGUCUUUGUAAAUCAAGAAGAAAAACAACAACACGAUAAUAAAUGUAAAGGUAAU